UCCCCUCUCUCUCUCCUCCAGUGGGAGUGGGACUGCACUGCACCGCAGUCCCAUAUUUAAUUAUGUCGGCUUCUUCCAAAAGCAGAGGCUAACAGUAUAAUAUAAUAAUAUAACACGUAGUUUCUACCACUACUGUACAAAAGCCGCUCCGCUUUUCUUGGCUUGGGAUUUUACGGCGACUCCUCAGAUUCCACCACCACCACCGUGAUCCCUGCCGCUCCUCCAAAUCUGCCACCCUCACCUCCUCUAAUGGACCCUACUCUCUCCUUCCUAUCUUUUUCCUUUUCGGUAUUAUCAACUGUCAAAUCUUCCUUAUUUCUCUCCGCCGAACAUCAACGGCGGUUCCUGCGCCAACCGCCAUAUGUGACCAACGCUAAGCUUUGAGUUUUUCGUAUUGAUAGCAGCUUUUUUUUGGAAUUCGGAAUUCAAACUGAAUCUGUUGUUUUCUCAGUGGUCUCUGGUUGAUUCAGCUGAAGGAAUCACGAAUUUGGAACGAGGAUAAUUCAAUUUUUGGUGGCGAAAUCAGUUGUUCUUUGCAUUUGAAGAUGGGCAUUGAUUGCUUGGGUUCAGUGUGAAUUGGGGAACCUUUUACAGAGCAGCAAAGCUAGACCAAAAGGAAGAAAAGAAUCUUUGUAGCUGUAAUUAUCUGACUGCUGAAAAACUUGGCUUACAUGAUUCUCAAGCCUGUGACUUAUUCAGAACGAGCUUAGUUAACUUUAUAGGCCUGUGACUUUUAAUUCGAGCAGAGUUGGACUUCAAAAAUUUCCCAAAAUGAAGGCUCCAUCAAAUGGUUAUCUCGCAAAUUCAGGAGAAGGAGAAAGGAAGGUGAUUAAUUCAGAGUUAUGGCAUGCUUGCGCGGGGCCAUUGGUUUCUUUGCCUCUCGUUGGAAGUCUUGUGGUCUACUUUCCUCAAGGUCACAGUGAACAAGUGGCAGCUUCUAUGCAAAAGGAGACUGAUAGCAUCCCAAGCUAUCCUAAUCUUCCUUCCAAGUUGAUCUGCAUGCUUCGUAAUGUGACCUUACAUGCUGAUGCAGAAACUGAUGAGGUUUAUGCUCAGAUGACUCUACAACCAGUGAGCAAAUAUGACCAGGAAGCGUUACUUGUAUCUGAUAUGGGCCUCAAGCAAAGCAGGCAACCUUCGGAGUUCUUCUGCAAAACUCUUACUGCUAGUGACACAAGCACUCAUGGUGGAUUUUCUGUUCCUCGACGAGCAGCUGAGAAGAUCUUCCCUGCUCUGGAUUUUUCAAUGCAACCCCCUUGUCAGGAGCUAGUAGCUAAAGAUCUGCAUGACCAAACAUGGACAUUCAGGCAUAUUUAUCGAGGUCAACCAAAAAGGCACUUGUUGACUACAGGUUGGAGUGUCUUCGUUAGCUCUAAAAGACUCUUUGCUGGUGACUCUGUCCUUUUCAUAAGAGAUGAAAAGUCGCAGCUCCUCUUGGGCAUCAAACGUGCUAAUAGACAACAGCCUGCGCUUUCCUCAUCUGUCAUAUCUAGUGACAGCAUGCACAUUGGGAUUCUUGCUGCUGCAGCUCAUGCUGCCGCAAAUAGUAGCCCGUUUACCAUAUAUUAUAAUCCAAGGGCCAGCCCUUCUGAGUUUGUGAUUCCACUAGCCAAGUAUAACAAAACAACGUACACCCAAGUUUCACUGGGCAUGAGGUUUAGAAUGAUGUUCGAGACUGAGGAGUCAGGAGUUCGCAGGUACAUGGGUACAAUUACUGGUAUCAGUGACCUGGAUCCCGUUCGAUGGAAGAAUUCACAAUGGCGUAAUCUACAGGUUGGAUGGGAUGAGUCAACUGCUGGGGAACGUCCCAGCCGAGUUUCGAGUUGGGAAAUUGAGCCUGUUGUGACUCCCUUCUACAUAUGCCCACCUCCAUUUUUCAGACCUGGGUUUCCUAAACAGCCAGGGUAUCCAGAUGCUGAGUCUGACAUAGAGAAUGUUUUCAAAAGAGGCAUGCCCUGGCUUGGAGAUGACUUUGGCAUAAAGGAUGCCUCAAACUCAAUCUUCCCUGGUUUGAGUUUAGUCCAGUGGAUGAGCAUGCAACAGAAUCAUAAGUUCUCUACUGCUCAAUCAGGACUAUUUCCUCCCAUUGUUUCCUCAAAUAUCCUGCACGGUAACCUUAGGGAUGAUGACCAUUCUAAGUUGUUGAACUUUCAAGCCCCUAACCUUGCUGCACCAACCCUCCACAGCGAAGUGAAUCCACAAAAUCAACAAGUUGGUAAGCUCCAGCAGCCAUCUCUGACUUGGCCUCAACAGCAGCAGCUCCAGCAAUUGCUGCAGUCUUCUGUCAAUCCACAGCAACAGCAACAAGCACAGCUGCAGCCCCAGCCGCGACAGCAGUCACAACAGCAGCUACAGCAGCAACAACAUCCACCACCACAACAACAACAACAACAACAACAACAACAACAGCAACAACAGAUAAUGCAAUCAGCUCCUGUAAAUAAUGGUUUACCUCCUAAUCUGAUCCCUCAAAAUUUACAGCAGCCGGUAAUAAGCUCUCAGCUUCAACAGCAACAAUUUCUAACGGGGAAUACACAAUCCCAGCAAAGCAUCUCCUCAUCUAAUAGGAGUUCAUUUCAGCUGACAGCCUUGCCUCAAGACUUGCAGUUUCAGCAACAAAUAGAACAACAGACUAGCCUCUUACAAAGGUCCCAGCAACAGCUGACACAAAUGCAACAAGCACCACUACAGGUGUUGCAGCAGAGCUGGUUGCAAAGGCCACAAAUGCAACACACACCGCAACAGAGUCUCUCAGAGCAGCAGCUGCAACUACAGAUGCUGCUGAAGUUGCAGCAACAGCAACAGCAGUUGCUGUCCCCGGCAAGCGCUCGCUUGGAGCCUCAGCUUCCUCUGCAACAGCAGUCCCUUCAACAAAACCGACAGUCACAGCAGCUCCCUUUGUCUCAGCAGCAACUUAACGGCAGCAGCUUUUCGGUAUCAACACUUAUGCAAUCACCACAGUUUCAUGUGAAUCAACUCCAGGCCCAACACAAACCAGCAGCUACACUAAGAGCCCAUUCUGGUCCUACUGAUGGGGAUGCUCCAUCGUGUUCAACAUCGCCUUCUACAAAUAAUUGCCAGGUAUCCCCACCAAAUUUCCUGAUCAGGAACCAACAAGGGCCAGCACAGUUGGUGGAGAAUUUGGUCGUUGAUCAUGCUACGAAUCUGGUUCAAGAUCGCAUCAAACAUGAAUUGCCAAGCUCAAAAGUAUUGGAGCAGCCUAAAUACAAAGGUACUGCUAGUGACCAUUUGGAAGCCUCCUCAUCUGCAACAUCGUAUUGCUUGGAUGCUGGUGGCCCCCAUCCGAAUAUUUCACUCCCUGGCAUUUGUUUAGAUGGUGAUGUUCAGUCACAUUCUAGGAACAAUUUUCCUUCUGCGGCCAACAACAUAGAUGAUUUGCCACCUGAUGCUUUGCUGUCGAGGGGUUUUGACUCUGCAAAGGAUGUCCAAAACUUGCUUUCUAACUAUGGUGGUACCCCAAGAGAUAUUGAGACAGAGUUAUCCACUGCUUUUGGGGUGCCUGACAUCAGUUUCAAGCCAGGAUGUUCAAAUGAAGUCACCAUCAAUGAGGCUGGGGUUUUAAACAGUGGGUUAUGGCCUAACCAAACUCAACGUAUGCGAACAUACACAAAGGUUCAAAAACGUGGCUCAGUCGGAAGAACUAUUGAUGUCACUCGUUAUAAGGGGUAUGACGAUCUCAGGCAUGAUCUCGCUCGUAUGUUUGGGAUUGAAGGGCAACUGGAAGAUCCACAAAGAACUGAAUGGAAACUUGUUUAUGUUGAUCAUGAAAAUGACAUACUACUUGUUGGUGACGAUCCUUGGGAGGAGUUUGUGAGCUGUGUUCAGAGCAUAAAGAUACUGUCAUCUGCCGAGGUUCAGCAGAUGAGUUUGGAUGGAGAUCUGGGUCAUGUUCCUGUUCCCAAUCAAGCUUGCAGCGGGAGUGACAGUGAGAAUGCAUGGAGAGUACACUAUGAUGAUAACUUGGCGGCCUCAUUCAAUCGAUAAGUGGGACCUAUUCGACAAACUGGGUCCUGGCUGUUGGCAUCAGCCUGCCAUCUUGAAAAAAUGUUACUGAAUCUGGUCAAUGCCUUUUUAAGCACUAAGCAUGAGGUGAACAGACAAUACUGUGUCUGAUGAUGAUAAGGAACCAAGGAAAUUGUAGUUACAGAAUUGUACUAUUCUCUUCCUGCUUAUACAUGGCAUCAAGUCCCCAUUCCAUGGAUAGGGAUCUGAGCUGUUUGGCAUCGAGUGCUCGGAGCUCAUGCUGAAGGUGGUACGAAAAUGACUAACUAAUCCAACUUCUCAAUCUUGGGAUCUGCUUUUAUUGCAGUUUGUUGCAUCAAGUGUAAAUUUUUUUUUUGUUCUUUUUUUCCGUAAGGUUAGUGUAAAAUGUUUCACUGAGCAGGAAGUAGACAGUGCAAUUAUGUGAAGUGAAUUUUUUAGAUAUUAAUUACAUAGAGUCCUCACUUUUUUAACUUGAUUGUAUUUGUGCAUGGCAGAGUUAUC